AUGGACAACGCUUCAUCAUCAUCGUACGUGGACGAAGUACCGACAUCGGCUCCUGCGGUAUUCGAUAAAAAUCUGAAAUUCACUCUUCGGAUUGCCAUCCAUACCUUAGUCAUGAUAUUAGGAGUGCCCGGUAACAGUUUGAUCCUCCUGGUGUACAAGAACAAGAGACAGAAAACAAGCACACACAUCUUCAUCAUGACUCUGGCUAUGGCUGAUCUAUCCGUCUGCCUGAUGAGGGUGUUGGACAUAGUGUAUGAGUAUUGCCGUGUGAUAGGUACCACAGAAUACAUCAAGGCUAUAAAUCUACUUCGGCCUUUAGAGUAUACUGCAGUCGGUACCACCAUCAUAAUCACGGCUCUGAUAGCAGCCGACCGCUACGACUCCGUGUGCCGUCCGCUGAGGCGCUUCUUCGGCCGAAGACGGGCUAAGAUUGCAGCAUUAGCGUCACUGGUGACUUCGCUGACCGUCAAUAUCCCUGCAUUGAUUGAAGUGAUUAUAGACUCAAGCGGUCAACUUUUGAUAGUGUUAGUCCUUGCGUUUCAGCUUAUUGCCUACUUGAUAAACGUCAUUCUGAUUAUCGUCUGCUACAGGUUGGUUCACAUCACCAUUCGCAAACAUGUAAAAGUUGGUAUUGCAUCCUUGUCAAUGGCAGGAAGAGCAAGAAGUGUUGCAUCAGCCUCAACCCCAAAUAACACCAACAGACUGCCGCCCAUCAAUCAGCUAGGUUCAAGUACAUCUGCUGAUGAGACCGGUACCAACAGCGGCAGGGAACACAACAUUGCGUCCAUAUCAAGCCGGUGUGCUCGCAUAUCACCGUCCGAGGCAAACGCAAAACCUAAGACAUUCGGAAACAAACUGGGUCUCCGAGUCAUGCCGAAAGAACGCGCUCCGGCCUCUGUACUGCAGCGUAAAACGACAAGGAUGCUCUUCAUUACGAGCGUGGUGUUUUUGCUAACGUGGUUGGCCUACUGGAUCUUUGUCGGCAAGGUGGUGGCCAGACUAUUGGGGGUCGGAAUCGAUCCAAUAUUCAACGCAGUAACAGACGAGGCGAGAAGUUUAGUGUACGUAAAUAACGUGUUCAACCCGUUGAUAUACGGGUUCUCCAAUUCACGGUUCAGGAAGGACUGCCAGGUCAUUCUCCGCAAGAUGAAAUGUUGUUAA